AUGCUAUACGCCUACGACUUUGAACCCUUCAAAAGCUCGUCGAGGCUGGCUUGGAUAGUCCUCAAUGUCAACUGUAUUUCUUGCGUAGCUGUAUCGCGAUUCACGACAAUAAGUAUUCCUGUGACGACUGUUAUGACGAAGGCAACAGAAUACCACUUGGCAACAAUUCCGACGAUAAUACCAAGACAAGCUUUUCUCGACUUCCCUAUAGCAUCUUCUUACCAAGGCUGCCGGUUGCUUGACCUAGAGGCGCAUAAUGGGCCAAUUUUGGAACAAAAGACAGCCAAACAACGCUAUUUGAGGAGGAGAGAACGCAAGUCGAGCGGUAUGAAAGGCGAGACCAAACAAGUAACAAUCACUACCAUCACUUGGACAAGAAGCGACUCGGACGAUGACGCAGCUGUCCAAAUUAGUGCAGCCCAAGCAGGGUCGGGAGUGUGCUAUUUCAUUGACCCCGAGGGACUCGUGAUGGACAAUCUGACGGUCCGUGGCAAACUCGCUACAGCCAAGAUAGGAGGUAGAGGAAGAGGAGUUAGAAUGUGUCUUUCCAUGGUGUUUGGAGACGACGCAUCUGGGAUUCUGCGUGGAGGUCCUUCAAUUCGAAACAUGACAGCAUCGAUACAAGAUGACUUUGAAGUAACCAUGCUCAUGGCGUGCUCAGAGCUGUACAGGAGGACAGGGAUAAUCCAGAUCCAGCUGAAAGCGGGCUAUCAGGUGGGUCGGAUGCCCGAUGAAUCAGCCACUUGGACCUCAUGGCACAGGGCAAGUGCCUGGGACACAGACAAGGCUCUGGUUCCACUAGCCACUUCGGCUACACCGCCACCAGACUGUCAGUGCAUUUCCCAGCUUCUGCAGGGCACUGUGUAUCCUUAUCCAUCGGUCGGCGGUGUGCCGAUACAGCGUGCGUGCGUGACUGGAAAUGUCUCCGAGCAGAGGGAACAUAAGCAGAACGUUUUAGUAGAAUCGAUGGGUCCGCAACCGAUGCUCAUCAAGUCCGCCCACCUGUUAAAGGUUGAUCUGGAUGUGCAAUUUGUCCAGCCGCACCGGAGAUGGGUAUUCCUGUUUGGAUGUCAGCUGCAAGCUUUUGUUCCAGGGGCAGGAAGGGCAGCAUACUCUUCCGCGGGACUGUUCGCUGGUCUGGUCGAUUGGUUCAUUAAUCCGGGGACGGCGAACCUAUUCGACGGAACAUUUUCUUGCUGUGUGCCGGCUUGUUUCCAGCAUCACAUGGGUACUGGCACGGACGUUCGAGGAAGCCCGGAACAUUUGGACACCUUAAUUCGAUGUGUGUCUGGACAUGAUGAUGCGGGGGAGCUAGAAUCUGGAGCGCGGAGGUUUCUCUGUGGCUUGCGUCUUCUGUCGUCACCCGUUGCACCUGCAGUGUGUGGAGUCAUAGAUGUGAAUGAAGUAGAUCUAUUGCCCGGCUCAAGGAGCCAUUCAUUCAGGCUCAUACGCGCAGCGCAGUUAACAGAUGCUGCCUUGUACUCGAGUGGACCCAAAGAAUACGUUUAUCCUAUCACAAUGCCGCCAGACGCGGGAUACCAGCCCAACACCAUCUUACAGGGUACGACCCAUCACACGUCAAGCCUAUCCACGACCAGGUACAGGGCGAGGGGAAUAGCAGAUGCAAUAUCAGAUGAGCAAGCAGGGAUUCGUAUCCGACCCUAUACACUUCGAGCAUGGAAGAUAGGCCUGAAUAUAAGGGAGACGCUACCGCCGCACCGGCCAGCCUCUGCUUAUGUCACACCCUGUCGCCUACGUAAAAAGUUCAUGGUAUCGGCCCCUACUCCUCCUCUUCCUCCCCCUCAUCCAUUCUCAUCUGAUCAGCAAAAAGCCCCUCCUGCUUCCUCGUAUCGUACUGCACCUCCCCUUCAUAAAUCCAAUACGCCGGAGGUUCCUGACCCAGACUUCCCGCCGAUUACCACAGUGUUCGAUGUGGUCAAUGGCCGCCGUAUAGCUAUCCAGAAUACUCAGAUUUCCCGAGUGAAUUGCCCGAGCCAUGCGGCGACACAGGAAGGCACAAUGUGUCACAUGAUACCAAUGGUCGACAUAGAAGUAUUCCCAGUUGCCGUUGAGAACGUCAGAUUUCGAGAUAGGGUGCUUGCCCCACGGGUCUGUCGUCCAGGUCCAAUUUCUGACGUUGAGGAACUUGGCAGUCUGCGCGGCUUUGGGGGAAGUCGCAAAACGGAGAGAUUAGAGGCGGAGUCGACGAGCAAAGAUAACACUGAGUUUGGGCCUAGAGGUGGAUCUGCUGGUUACGAUGGGUACGGUGGUGGACUUGGUGGGUACUAG